ACUUCUUGGCCAUGGGCGCCUCUAGAAAAUAUUUCUGUGGGGUCUUCCUGCAACGGAAAAGUAACGAUUUUUUGGAUUUGAUUUCAAUACCUUGGUAUCACUGUUACCAAAUAGCUAUUUCAAUAGUUAACUAAUAGGGAGUUUUCCUCUUUGCGGUAGAAGGUAUAUUUAUGCAAUCUCCCCUUGCUACGCCCGUGCCAUUGGCUGCUGGUUGACCUUGAUCGCCAUUCGUUUCUUGAAUUCUUUCGGAGAAUGUCGUCGUCGAAGCCAACGUUGUACUACGCCCUGUUCAGCCCUCCGGCUAGAGCCUGCAUCCUGACCGCCAAGCUAAUUGGCCUGGAUCUGGACCUCAAACCCGUUGACUUUGCCAAGAAGGAGCACUUGAGCGAGGAGUUCAUCAAGCUUAAUCCCCAGCACCAGAUUCCCGUGUUUGUGGACACCGAUGGCGAGGUUUAUGUGGACAGUCAUGCCAUUGUGUGCUUCCUGGUGGCCAAGUACGCCCAGAACGACCAGCUGUAUCCGCAGGAUCUGAAGAAGAGAGCCCACAUCGACCAUCGCAUGCAUUACGAGAGCGGCGUGCUCUUCCAGGUGAUCAAGGACAUUGUGGCGCGGAAUAUCUACGGCGGCGAGGGUGAGUUCAAUCAGCGAUCGCUGACCCUCUGCCACAAUGCCUACGCCGACCUAGAGCACUUCCUCGAAAACGGUACUUUUGUGGUGGGCAACGAACUGAGCGUAGCCGAUGUCUCCAUUCACACGUCGCUCGUUACCCUGGACUUGCUUAUUCCGGUGGAGCGGGAGAAGUACCCGCAGAUCAAAGCCUGGCUGGAGCGCAUAGAGAAACUGUUGCCGGAGAACGAGGAGAUCAAUCUGCAGGGUGCCAGGGCACUGCAGACCCGUAUCCAGAACUGCAUGGCCGAGAACAGGGCCAAGUAGCUGGAAAUCCAGGUGGAUCAAGGCUCCUUCUAGCUUUUUGAACUCGAAUAUCAGCUUGAACCAUUAAUUCAAAUAUACUUUCUGACAUUUUUUAAGCUCUAAUUUGUUUUCUGCAUUUUUUUAUUGAUAAUUUGUUAGGCUAAUUGGCUUAAAUUCUUGCUACUUUAUAUAUAUAUAUAUGUAUGUUUUCUCGAGUGUCUUUUUUGAUUUGGAAGUCCAGUGUACAAUACAUGUAUGUAGUAGGUUAGUGAGAGCUCCGGAUUCCAGCAAAUUCGUUAUAUACAAGCGCUUUUAUUUGAUCCUUUCACGAACGGGCCACUGAAUAAAACUAACUGACUAAAUGGUA